GAAAUAAACAUUAUAAUAGCUACGUACAAACAUAUUGGAAUUCAGCUCAAAAUGAGGUAAAAAAUGGUAUUAUUCAGCUCAAAGUUUAAGCGUUUCUCAAACUUUAAUCUCCCUUUGUGUCCAAACCACGCACCUGCUAUUGGAUUCAAAGCAAACGGGCAAUGCUGUUGGUGUUUAUAUAUUGCUUUAUUUUGAAAAUAUGACUUCAAUUAAUUUAUACUGUGACGUUCAACGGAUGAGUACAUACUUCCAGCUCAUAAUAUAGGCAACCAUGCAUGCAGACCAGAACCCCCGCAGCGUGACUGCCGAAUUUGUAUCAUUUUCUUCUUCGCAAUCAGAAUUAAAUCACAUCUUAGCAAGGAUUCCUAGUGAACGUGCGACAAGCGCUAACCACCUUCGAGUGUGUGGAGUGUUGACGGGUCUGUAUUUAAACCGCGUUUAAGAGGAUUUCUGGUUUGUAUUUAAAUAACAACGUGGUGUGGAAUUUGAAAUUACGAUGCGUGGAUGCAUGCAACUCUUGUUUCAAAGCACUUUGCACACAGACCGAAUGAAUUAAUGUUUAAAAACGUGUAUUAUUACGAAUGAGACUGCUAAUUACAAGUGAGACCGCACUUUGUGAUGUGACAUUUGGACAAGCAAUCGUCAAAUAACAAAGCAACAUUAUACUUAAAAGAAUAUUGGACGAUUGAAACCCAAGACACCGAUAGCUCUUAACAUAGUAUCAUCAGAUAUCAACAAGGAAUUGUCCAAGACUGUUGCGCCGUCAGCUGGACUGUGAACGAAGGUGCUAAUGAAAAACCCGUGGACAAAACUGUGAAAGUGAACAGUUUUUGAGGAAACGAGAAGUCGAGAACUGUAUAUGCAUAUGUGUGUCUUUAAUUAAUAAGGACAAAUGCUGUAAUAACUGGCGAAAACGUCGUAGGGCGACGCUGAAACAAAGACAACAAUAAGCCUAAAAGCAAGAGCACUUAAUGCUGAACUUUACCCGAUAGAAAGACGGGCAAGAAGAGACAGCCAUUCAAAGAAGAAUAAGAACGAAUUAGGCAAGCGAAUAUUUCCAUUGAAUUAAAUAACUGCGGCCCCCCAGAAGUCAAGUGGAUGUACGUCUGCAUACGCAUCGCUGUGUAUUUAGCAUCAACCUGACGGGCUAUAUUGACAAGCUUUCAAAGAAAAAGAAAACUGGGAGGAAAUUGAAAAAAAAUUGGGGUUACUGAUAGCAACAGGAAGGUAAGUGUCACAAGUAAUAUAUUCAACGACACAGAAGGAAAGAGCUGUUGAUGAUUUGUCCGUGAAAUCAUGUUAGGAACAUAAACACGUGAAAAUUGUGCGACGUGGACAAUAUUUUUUUAUCAAUCAACACGAUGUCCGCCUGUUUUACUGACCUCGAUGGCGAGCAGGACGUUCGUGUCGUUCUCAACGUCGGAGGAACAAAACACGAAACCUUUCUGAACACACUCGAGAACUUUCCCGACACAAGACUGGCCUGGAUUAGUGAACAACUGAGAAAAAAUCCCGCUCGGGAGCGCGAGUUCUUCUUUGAUCGACACCCUGGAAUAUUUGCGCAUAUUUUAAACUAUUUUCGCACAGGGAAACUUCACGUUCCACGUGACAUCUGUGGUCCCAUGUUCGAACAAGAGUUGGCAUUCUGGGGAAUUGAUUCGAAGCAAAUAGAACACUGCUGUUGGGCGUAUUACGAUGAACACAACGAGUUAGAGAAGACUUGGGGUGAACUAAUGAGCGCUGGACCUACGGAGUCGCCUAGCGACCAGGAAGACAAUGGGAUGUUGUCUGAUGAGGAAUCAGCUGGCAGUGAGAACGAAGGCUGCUGGAAUAAUGCAGUUAAAAAGAGAUGGAGAGGGCUGAGAAAACGUAUCUGGAGAGCAUUAGAAGAUCCGUAUUCCAGCAAAAUUGCUUGGAUUAUCAAUUUGCUAUCAGUUCUUUUAUCAAUACUCGUCAUGUUGGUUUUUUGUCUAUCUUCGCUGCCGGAGUUCAACGACAAGUCGUCGAAAGCUUACGAGGUCGCAUUCGGACUCGAGACAUCCGUGAUUACGUUCUUCACGAUCGAAGUAAUUUUACGUCUGGUAACCGCGCCGACCAAACGAAAACUUUUACGGGGUAAAAGUAUCUGGGUGGACAUUUUUUGCAUCCUUCCGUACUUUAUAACGCUUGCCUCUGAUGAAGAAUCAUUGGAGAUCCUGAAAGUUGUUUACGUGCUUCGGCUCUACCGUGCUUUCGAGGCAUUUCGUUUUUCAUAUGUUCUGCAGGUUUUUAUCCAGACAAUCACGGGCAGCAUACGAGAAUUACUUCUGCUGCUUUUUAUCUGCUCUAUUUUGGUGAUUUCUUUUGGAGCUCUGGCAUAUUACGCCGAGCGCAAAGCAAAUACGGAUGGAUUUUCAAAUAUUCCCGCUUCUUUUUGGUGGUCCCUUAUCACCAUGACAACUGUUGGCUACGGUGACGUAUCACCCACGACCGUUGGCGGGAAAAUCGUCGGCUGCGCCUGCGCCAUCACCGGCGUACUUUUACUCGCCCUACCGACGUCCAUAGUUACGACAAAUUUUUCGCUUUACAAUGCCUAUGCAAAGGCAAAAAUGAAACUCCCGCCGAGAAAGAAGACGCAAGUGGUCAGCCAAGCUUUGAAGAGUGUUCAAAUGCGUAGCAGAGAUGGACUACGAAGUAGCAUGAAUAGCCCGACCAACUAUUCCGUCGUCUCGAAGACUGGCCAAGAUGUUACGUUCUCGAGUAGUGCCUUAAAUUCUGCAGGUGGCACCAACAGCCCGCGAACUCGCAGGCAAGCGAUAUCGCCACUGGCUCUCGAGUUGGAAAACAUCAAUAUCACGACGAACCAUCAGACAAACGGUAUGAAUCACUCGAACCGGCGCAGGUCCAGUUAUUCGUAGUAUUAUUUCGUUGUUUGCCAACAAAUGAAUUCUUUCAGGCAAAAACACAUUCAACAAGGUGAUUUUACUAACGAAAAAUACACCUGCUGGAGGUCUGGAGGAUAGGAUGAAAUUUACUUCAAAUGCGAAGGGUUUGCUUAGCCAUGACCUCGCUUGAAGGGGCCGGUUCAGUGGCCGGUUGUACCAAGCCCGUUUAGCUUAACAAGUUUGAUACAAGUACGCCGAGUGAAUUAUUACUGAUGUAGAAUAUACGAAACAGAUUAUAACAAUUCAGACAAACAGUUUAUAACAAUUCUUUACGUGAAUUUUCUAAAGAUUUCCCAUUGAAUUUAGCUAAUGUAUCAUGUUGGUAAGAGGGAAUAGCAACAAAGAUUUUAAUAAUAUAUAUUGUG